AUGGCGGCAAUUGGAAUCUCGGCACAGCGUGCAGCCCAGGUCGAUAGAACAUGCCGCGACUUUGUCGCACGGUUCGUGAAGCCACUCGGGGCAACAUCAGACGAUAAUUCAUGGUCUAAGGACGACUUUGCCGCUGUAUUCAGCCCAGAUGUCCACUGGUACGAUCAUGCCUUCCUCAUCUGCAGACAGGGUCACGGGGCAGUCAUGGGCCUCCAAGUGGCUUUCAGACAUUGCAACCAACCUUUCGAUGUGGAGUUCAAGGCCAUAACUCCAACAGCGAAGGGCGCCGUUCUCGAACAAGUCUGGGUCGGGACGUGCAAAAACGACAUCGUCAGGCCAGAUGGAGAGCUUGCGUUCAAGGCCAGUGGAAAGGAGUUCAAGUGCCAUGUGUGCAUGGUGAUCGAGAUCGAUGAGGCUGGGAAGAUCAGUCGCAUCGAUGAGUAUUACAACAAACGGUGGGACGAUGGUGUUCUUGAGUCGGACUAUGCCGUUGUGAAGGGCGCCAGCUUGAAGUCCUAG